ACUUUAGCUACAGACAUAUAUUGUCAAUUGCAAUUUUUUAUGAGAAGAAAAAAAGAAAAAGAAAUUGAAAAGCAAUAUUAGCAGGUGGUGACAAUUAUGAGUUAUAAUUUGAUGUUACGUGGAUUAUUCAAACAGUUAGACUUACCUCCAAAAUUUUGAACUGACAGUAGAAAGAAAGCCAAAAUAAUUGCUCCUUCCUUUUCUCAGUCCUUUAUUAACCCCUCUCUCUUCACAUGUGCUUCCUUUCCUUACCACACUAAAUCUCCAAACCUCUCUCUCUCUCUGAAAAUGUCUGUAAUAAGCGAGAAAUCACCGAAAGACUGCGCGACGAAGAAAGCAAGCAGCAAGUUGGAGAAGAAGACAUACUUGUACCUGUCGACACUCCUCCUGUCUCUACUCUCUCUCAUCCUCCUCAUCUAUCUCAUCCUCCACCCCUCAAAGCCUCACUUCUCCCUGAGAGAAGCCGACAUCAAUCAGCUCAACCUCUCCUUCCCAUCCCUCCUCAACUCCUCCAUCCAGAUCACCCUCCAAUCCGACAAUCCCAACACCAAAGUCGGCAUCUACUACGACGAGUUCGUGCUCUACGCCUCCUACAAGGGGCAGAGGAUCACCCCGGAGGCGGGCCUCCCCCCCUUCUACCAGGGCCACGGGGAGACCAGCCUCCUCAGCGCCUCGCUGGUCGGCUUCCAGCUCCCCGUGGCCCCCUCCUUCGCCUACGAGGUGCAGCGCGAUCAGACCGCCGGCAGGCUCGCCCUCACCUUCAAGGCUAUGGGCAAGCUCAGGUGGAAAGUCGGGACUUGGGUUUCGGGGAGGUAUAGGUUUAUUGUCAGCUGCGUCGCGGUCAUGCCGCUUGGCCCCACCAUGCCGUCGCCGCCAUUGCGUUCCAGACAGACCUCGCACUGCUCUACUUCUAUGUGACUUCAUUCUUUCUUGCAUCGUAAUAUUUGUAUAUAUGUAAUAAGCCCGCUUAUUAUGAUGGUAAUUUCUUGAUUGAGUAUUGUUAGUGUGAUUGAUUGAUGCAUACGUUAAUGGAGAUGGAAAGGUUGUAUCUAGCUACUUGUUUGUUGUAUGAUAUGGAAGCAAAGGGAAGUGGGAUUUGUGGAGUCA